AUGUAUACACCGAAUCUCAACCGCCUGGCUCGGAGUAGUCUGGUUCUACAGAGAAGUUACGUAUCGCAAGCUAUAUGCAGCCCAAGUCGUACCUCCGUUCUGACCGGCAGGCGACCUGACACGACCCGCGUGUGGGACCUCAAACACUACUGGCGCAUAGUGGGCGGUAAUUUCACAACAAUACCACAAUACUUCAAGGAAAAUGGUUAUCGGACAGUCGGAAUGGGUAAAAUAUUUCAUCCUGGAAAACGUGCCUCGGGGAAUAAUGAUCCUAUUUCAUGGACCGAUCCGUAUUUUCUAGGAAAGGACGAUUACCCCUCGAACCGCCUGUUAUGGCAAGCUGUUACGGAAGCGGAAGAACGUCGGACGCCAUUAAUCGACACUCAAAUUGCUGACUUUGCAGUUAAGACGUUGAACGACGUUGCCCCUAAAGCUAAGAGCGGUGAGCAGCCUUUUUUCGUCGCUGUCGGCUUCCAUAAGCCCCAUACACCAUGGAACUAUCCAGAAAGGUUUGAGAAAUAUUAUCCCUUGGAUUCAUUACAACUGCCAGAUAAUUACUUUGCACCCGUAGGCAUGCCGGCGUUUGCCUGGCAUAACUUCUCCAGACUGGGUACCUACAAGAACGUGAGACCGUACAAUCUCCACGACGUUGGAUCUAUUAAUUACACCUUCCCUAAGAACUUAACUCUGAUCAUGCGAAGGGCGUAUUACAGUUCUAUUAGCUUCACAGACUAUAAUGUAGGGCGUGUGGUGCAGGAACUUGAGAACCUUGGACUCGCCAAUGACACAAUCGUAUCGUUCUGGGGCGACCACGGUUGGCAGCUGGGCGAACACUGUGAAUGGCAGAAGGAGACAGUUUUCGAACUCGCAGCACGUGCACCUAUGAUGGUCAAAGUUCCCGGCCUGACGGAUAACGGUAUUGUGACGUCACAGCUUGUAGAGUUCGUUGACCUCUUCCCAACACUCGUCGACUUGGCGGGACUGCCGAAGAUGAAAUUGUGUCCUGAGAAUUCCAGUCAGAUUUUGUUGUGCACGGAAGGGAAAAGUUUUGUUCCUUUAUUCAAGAAUCCGAAUAUAACUGGGUGGAAGAAGGCCGCGUUUUCGCAGUUUCCCCACGACAAAAACGGCAGGAACGGGCUCGACGUGAUGGGCUACAGCAUCAGAACCGACAGAUACCGUUACACCGAGUGGGCAACGUUCAAGCCUCAUCUGAGACCCGAGUGGGACAAACUACGCGGCGUCGAGCUGUACGACCACGGAAUAGAUCCGGAAGAGAACCGAAACAGGGCCCAGGAACCGAGUUAUACAAAUCUGAGGUCACAGCUUAGUAAACAGCUCCGAGCAGGAUGGAGAUAUGUUAAUAUUUAA